AUGACUCCAGGAAUUAGUAAACCAUUUCUCUUCCUUUCCACUGCAAAAGAAAUAUGGGACAGUGUGACUCGGAGCUAUUCUAAGAAGGGAAGGGCUCCACGAAAGUUUGAGCUAAAAAGGAAAAUUCAAAGCAUCAAGCAGGGAAACUCCUCCGUGACAGAGUAUUUUAAUACUCUUAUGGUGUUAUGGCAGGAGCUAAAUCUUCACCAACGCUUUGAGAUCAAGGACACUGAAGUCGCUAAACAACUUGUUGAGAUCUUGGAGGAGGAUCGUGCUUUUGAAUUCCUUGCUGGACUCAACUCAGAUUUUGUCGAAGUCAGUGGGAGGAUUCUUGGAAAGGAGCCUCUUUGCUCUUUGGAGGAAAGUUUAUCGUAUGUGAGUAAUGAAGAAGAUCGGAAAGCAGUUCUCUCUAAAACUGUUAUUUUCGAAGUCUCUGUCCUCAAAACCGAAGGAGUUCUGUUCAAUGCUGGACUGUAUAAAAAUCCUAAUAAAAAGGGAGAAACCGACUAA